CACCUGUAUCACUGAGACCGAGAGCAGCACAUCGCACAAUAGAUAUAUCUAUAGAUAAUCUGUAUCUCUGAGACCGGAUGCAGCACAUCGCACAAUAGAUAUAUCUAUAGAUAACCUGUAUCACUGGGACCAAGAGCAGCACAUCGCACAAUAGAUAUAUCUAUAGAUCACCUGUAUUACUGAUGGAUAAUGCAGAACAACCGCUUCUCGGUGACUCCAAUAAACCUCACUAUCAGUCUGUGGGAAAAACUCUGCGAGAAGCCGAGAAAGCAUAUGUCAAGUAAGUACUAAUUUUAUGUCCCAGAACAACAGAUAAAACUGGGGCCCAUCGCUGCUAUAUAAUAUUUUAAUAUACACCAGGGGACCAUCGCUGCUAUAUAAUAUUAUAAUAUAUACCAGGGGCCCAUCGCUGCUAUAUAAUAUUUUAAUAUACACCAGGGGACCAUCGCUGCUAUAUAAUAUUGUAAUAUAUACCAGGGGACCAUCGCUGCUAUAUAAUAUUAUAAUAUAUACCAGGGGCCCAUCGCUGCUAUAUAAUAUUAUAAUAUAUACCAGGGGCCCAUCGCUGCUAUAUAAUAUUAUAAUAUACACCAGGGACCAUCGCUGCUAAAUAAUAUUAUAAUAUACACCAGGGGACCAUCGCUGCUAUAAAGUAAAAUAUAAUAUAUAUUGUAUAUAAUGGCACCCAGUGCUACAAUAAAAUUAUAAUAUAUAACAGGGGCUAAGCACGGCAAUUAAGUAUGUAUUGUACAUUCAGAAACCCAGUGCUAUAAUAAAUGAAUACUAUAGAGAAUAUAUUGUAUUUACCAGGUACACAAUAUUAUAUAUGGCUUUUACCAGAUUCUUGAUACCAAAUAGGGGUUAAUAAAACAUUUAAUCUUAAUACAUAUACUUGAGUGCCCAGUGUAACUGUUAAAAUUCAGAUUUGAUACAUUUUGGGGAUUCCGCUAAAUAAUUUUUUGAUGUCUCUCAAUUGUCACAUUUGGCACAUUAUUGGAAGUUAUGGGAGGCCCUGCAAAUCUUUUCCUGUGCUAUGUCAUGUUGUGGAAAUUACAACGUCUAGUAAAGUCACUGCUGGGCCAAAGCAGCUCUUCCAUCAGGUCUGAGAGAUGUUACAAUGCUUGAGGUCUGAGAUUGAGCAAUUAGAAUGAACACAAAAUGACACAACACUGAGGCACUGUGACUGCCUGCAGCCGGAUUGCAGCAUUUUAUUACAUUGAUCUCUUAACAUUAUAGGAUGUGAGCCCUAGAUGUAUUCUAAUAAUAAAAAAAUAAAAAAAUGUUAAUAAAUGUAUACACUGGCUGUGUGAACUCCAGACUCUGGGCUUGUUUAAAAACCUUUAAGAUUUUAGCCUCCCAUCUGGUCACUGUAUUUCAGGAAUGUAAACUGCUUUCUGUUUGUAAAGGUCCAUCCCUGGUGCCCUGGUUCUCAAAGGCAGAGCCCCCUUCUUAUAGACAGUGCCCCAAUUCUCAUAGGCAGAGCCCCCUUCUUUCAGACAGUGCCCCAAUUCUCAUAGGUAGAGCCCCCUUCUUUCAGACAGUGCCCCAAUUCUCAUAGGCAGAGCCCCCUUCUUUUAGACAGUGCCCCAAUUCUCACAGGCAGAGCCCCCUUCUUUCAGACAGUGCCCCACUUCUCAUAGGCAGAGCCCCUUCUUUCAGACAGUGCCCCAAUUCUCAUAGGCAGAGCCCCCUUCUUUCAGACAGUGCCCCAAUUCUCAUAGGCAGAGCCCUUUCUUUCAGACAGUGCCCCAAUUCUCAUAGGCAGAGCUCCCUUCUUUCAGACAGUGCCCCAAUUCUCAUAGGCUGAGCUCCCUUCUUUCAGACAGUGCCCCAAUUCUCAUAGGCAGAGCCCCCUUCUUUCAGACAGUGCCCCAAUUCUCAUAGGCAGAGCCCCCUUCUUUUAGACAGUGCCCCAAUUCUCAUAGGCAGAGCCCCUUUCUUUCAAACAGUGCCCCACUUCUCAUAGGCAGAGCCCUUUCUUUCAGACAGUGCCCCAAUUCUCAUAGGCAGAGCUCCCUUCUUUCAGAGAGUGCCCCAAUUCUCAUGGGCAGAGCCCCUUCUUUCAGACAGUGCCCCAAUUCUCAUAGGCUGAGCCCCCUCCUUUCAGACAGUGCCCCAAUUCUCAUAGGCAGAGCCCCCUUCUUUCAGACAGUGCCCCAAUUCUCAUAGGCAGAGCCCCCUUCUUUCAGACAGUACCCCAAUUCUCAUAGGCAGAGCCCCCUUCUUUCAGACAGUGCCCCUAUAUUUGUAGGUAGUGCCUGCUUAUUACAGACAAUGCCAAUAUCCUCCAGACCAGGGGUCAGCAACCUAUGGCACGUGAGGUCCUUUGCACGGCCCUCAAGGCUCCUAGAGCCAAACUGGCUGUGAGCUAUCAGGAGUCCUUAGUGCAAACCGAGAAGAGUUUGAAGGUGGUUAGGGGCAACCCUCAAGUUCCGCAUUGCAGCAAUUAGAGGAAGUCAUCUCAGAGCACUUCAUUCCAGCACUUGUGAACAGAAAUCGGCACUGGAGAAGAGCAGUCCGCAGCAGCUAUCACAGCUCCUGCACUUGAACUGUACCUGGCCAGCCCGGUCCUCACUGGACCCCAGGGAAGCCCCCCCGUCAUACAAAUAAUAGAAACAGAACAAAUACAAACACAUUAAAAGUCCCCACAAUCACAACACCACUGACAAUACACAUACAUGCACACAACCCCACAAGCAGCCUAUCACCUGCAAUACACCAAGCAGUACCACACAAACCCACACCAAACACACAAUGUGACAUAUCAUCCACACACACAACCCCACAAACAGCCGCCAAUAGACAGACCACAUUCAUAGGUAUCAUACAAUGCCACAAACUACUCAUGAACAUGUACUGUACAAUAUAAGAGCCCACACAUACAACAUUAACAAAGGCAACUGCAGGACCCAUAAAUAACGCAAGCAGAAUACGGCAACACAACUCAAUUUACAAAAUAAAAUUUCUAACACUGCCCCUUAAGUCAUAGGCAGUGCCUUAAUUCUCAUAGGUACUGUCUCCAUAACAGAAAGUGCCGCAAUCUUUGUAGGCAGUGCCCACUUCUAAUAGACAGCGCCCCUAUUCUUAUAGGUAGUGCCCCCUAAAACACAGCACCCCCAUCUUUGGAGGUAGUAAGACAGCACCCCUAUGUUUGGAGGUAGUGCCAUCUUACAGACAGUACCCAAUUCCUACUAGGUAGAAUUCCUUUCUAACCAGACAGCUAUCUCCAUAAGCAGUGUCCUUUAUAUAUAUAUAUUUUUGCAAGAAUAUUUUAUUUAAUUUUCAUAAGCACAAUACCAUAUAACGCAAAGCAAUUUAAGGACAGCAUGGGUAAAGAAGCACAAAUCAGAAGGGAUGCACUUUAAAUCCAGGCAUCCAGUGUACACAGAUUCACAGCACAAAAUGCAACUCCGGAGUGAGGCCCCACGACCAGCUACCCAGAUACAUCCAAUUAGGAGCAGCAAAGUAAUUCGCUAGGAAUGUGUCCCACAGAUCCCAAACCUGGACAUAAAUGAGUUGAUUGGGUGUGAGCCAUCUUUUCGCACGACCAAUUCAGGCAGUUUAGUUAAAUCAAUUUCUGCCUCGUCUGGAAUUUUAAGUUGCCUUAGUCAAGCUAUCAGAGGUGAGGCUACUAUAAAAAACGUGAAAUAAUAAUUUAAGUGCAAGUUUAAGCAAUAAGCCCAGCAACAUAAACAAAGGGUAAACUUCUGGCUAGUGUUUAAUUUGAGUCCCAAGCCCCACAUUAAUAAAUCCAUAGCACAUAGAUAAUACCUUUUUAAUGGGACUAAAGUGUAACACUUUUUUUAAGAACAUCAGACUUAGCCAGUCACAACUUAAUUUGUAAAUAGGAGAGAAGUGUUUUUGGUGGAAGGAUAAAUAAAACUUUUAAUUUAGAAUAAGGGUAUCAACAAAUCCCCAUGAUUGAAAUAUGUGAUGAGCAAUCCAAGCACUCUAAUUAAAAUGUAAAACUCCCAAGAAAAUAAAAAUAAAUAAAUAAUAAUUAUAUAUACAGAAUAUUGGCGUGAACAGGGCCCCGUUCUAAAAGGCAGUGCCUCAAACUUCAUAAGUAAUGACCCCUAAACAAAGUGCCCCUGUAUUUGUAGGUAGUGCCCCCUUUUUAGAGAGAGUGCCUAUAUCCUCACAGGCAGUGCCCAUCUAAAAGCAGUGCACCAAUAUUGGUAGGUACUAUCCCUUCUUAAACACUACCCACUAUACUUGUAGGCAGUGCCCCUUUCUAACAGACAGUGCUUCUAUCCUUGUAAGCAGUGCCCCUUUCUAUCAGACAGUGCCCCUAUCCUUGUAGGCAGUGCCCCUUUCUAUCAGACAGUGCCCCUAUCCUUGUAGGCAGUGCCCCUUUCUAACAGACAGUGCCCCUAUCCUUGUAGGCAGUGUCCUUUUCUAACAGACUGUGCGCCUAUCCUUGUAGGCAGUGUCCCUUUCUAUCAGACUGUGCCACUAUCCUUGUAGGCAGUGCCCCUUUCUAACAGACUGUGCCCCUAUCCUUGUAGGCAGUGCCCCUUUCUAACAGACUGCCCCUAUCCUUGUAAGCAGUGUCCCUUUCUAACAGACAAUGCCCCUAUCCUUGUAGGCAGUGCCCCUUUCUAACAGACAAUGCCCCUAUCCUUGUAGGCAGUGCCCCUUUCUAACAAACAGUGCCCCUAUCCUUGUAGGCAGUGCCCCUUUCUAACAGACUGUGCUCCUAUCCUUGUGCCCCUUUCUAACAGACUGUGCCCCUAUCCUUGUAGGCAGUGCCCCUUUCUAACAGACAGUGCCCCUAUCCUUGUAGGCAGUGCCCCUUUCUAACAGACUGUGCCCAUAUCCUUGUAGGCAGUGUCCCUUUCUAACAGACAGUGCCCCUUUCUAACAGACUGUGCCCCUAUCCUUGUAGGCAGUGCCCCUUUCUAACAGACAGUGCCCCUAUCCUUGUAGGCAGUGCCCCUUUCUAACAGACUGUGCCCAUAUCCUUGUAAGCAGUACCCCUUUCUAACAGACAGUGCCCCUAUCCUUGUAGGCAGUGCCCCUUUCUAACAGACUGCCCCUAUCCUUGUAAGCAGUGUCCCUUUCUAACAGACUGUGCCCCUAUCCUUGUAGGCAGAGCCCCUUUCUAACAGACAGUGCCCCUUUCUAACAGACUGUGCCCCUAUCCUUGCAGGCAGUGCCCCUUUCUAACAGACAGUGCCCCUAUCCUUGUAGGCAGUGCCCCUUUCUAACAGACUGUGCCCCUAUCCUUGUAGGCAGUGCCCCUUUCUAACAGACUGUGCCCCUAUCCUUGUAGGCAGUGCCCCUUUCUAAGAGACUGUGCCCCAAUCCUUGUAUCCUUGUAGGCAGUGCCCCUUUCUAACAGACAGUGCCCCUAUCCUUGUAGGCAGUGCCCCUUUCUAACAGACAGUGCCCCUAUCCUUGUAGGCAGUGCCCCUUUCUAACAGACUGUGCCCCUAUCCUUGUAGGCAGUGCCCCUUUCUAACAGACUGUGCCCCUAUCCUUGUAGGCAGUGCCCCUUUCUAACAGACUGUGCCCCUAUCCUUGUAGGCAGUGCCCCUUUCUAACAGACUGUGCCCCUAUCCUUGUAAGCAGUGUCCCUUUCUAACAGACUGUGCCCCUAUCCUUGUAGGCAGUGCACCUUUCUAACAGACUGUGCCCCUAUCCUUGUAAGCAGUGUCCCUUUCUAACAGACUGUGCCCCUAUCCUUGUAGUCAGUGCCCAUUUCUAACAGACAGUGCCCCUUUCUAACAGACUUUGCCCCUAUCCUUGUAGGCAGUGCCCCUUUCUAACAGACAGUGCCCCUAUCCUUGUAGGCAGUGCCCCUUUCUCGCAGCAUUGGUAACUUGCCCCUUUCUAACAGACAGUGCCCCUAUCCUUGUAGGCAGUGCCCCUUUCUAACAGACUGUGCCCCUACCCUUGUAGGCAGUGCCCCUUUCUAACAGACAGUGCCCCUAUCCUUGUAGGCAGUGCCCCUUUCUAACAGACUGUGCCGCUAUCCUUGUAGGCAGUGCCCCUUUCUUACAGGCAGUACCCCUUUCUAACAGACUGUGCCCAUAUCCUUGUAGGCAGUAUCCCUUUCUAACAGACAGUGCCCCUAUCCUUGUAGGCAGUGCCCCUUUCUAACAGACUGCCCCUAUCCUUGUAGCAGUGUCCCUUUCUAACAGACUGUGCCCCUAUCCUUGUAGGCAGUGCCCCCUUUCUAACAGACUGUGCCCCUAUCCUUGUAGGCAGUGCCCCUUUCUAACAGACUGUGCCCCUAUCCUUGUAGGCAGUGCCCCUUUCUAACAGACUGUGCCCCUAUCCUUGUAGGCAGUGCCCCUUUCUUACAGACUGUGCCCCUAUCCUUGUAGGCAGUGCCCCUUUCUAACAGACAGUGCCCCUAUCCUUGUAGGCAGUGCCCCUUUCUAACAGACAGUGCCCCUAUCCUUGUAGGCAGUACCCCUUUCUAACAGACUGUGCCCAUAUCCUUGUAGGUAGUGUCCUGUUUUCUCCUAUUCCAUGUCCCAGGUUUCCAUGUCCCUUUCCUCAUUCCUUGUGCCUUUCUCUCGGAUUCUCCUUUCAGGACACUUAAUAACAAGAAGAUGUUCCUGGCUGCAUUUUCCGCUGUUCUGGGAAACUUUACAUUUGGCUAUUCUCUGGUUUACCCAUCUCCAGUCAUUCCAGCAUUAGAGAAGAAUGUUUAUCCAGAUCUACACAUUGAAAUGAAUGAAGUGUCAUGGUUUGGGGUAGGUUUAUAUUUUUUUGCAAUGAUUGUUUAUUAAUAUUUCCAUUUGCAUGGCUGGAAUAAUAUUCCUUUUUAUGGACAGACUGAGCAGGUCACAUUGGAUCAUCCAGUAGAAUCUUCUCCCUGGGCUGUGUGUAGGGAACCAGAGCUGCAGAACUGGGUUUUUAUACUGUAUGAUACUGCCAGUCCACAGCCACAAAUAAUAUCAAAGUAUUUAAGCAGAAAAAUAUAAGUUAGAGACACAAAAAUCGCUUUGUUUAUUAAUGAAUUGAUUGGUUCCAAACAAAAAUUGGUUAAUAGUCAACGGAUCGAUUUUCUCAGUAUAUAGAUAUCAAUUCUAUUGCUGAGUCACAAAACAAACAAACACAGUCCACCCAUUUAGAGCUAAUGAUGGGCAAGGGGGACAGAGGGUGGGGGAGGAGGGGGGUUAUUUUGGACAAACAGAUUUGUUUAUGGGCAAACCGAAAAUCUGACAAAUCUAAAAAUGUAACUUCCUCCUAGAUUCUUGGUAUAUACUCAGAUUAAUCACUGUCAGUUUAUUGUCUUUAGGAGAAUGAAUAUCUGAGUUAACCUUUUAUAGGAAUUGAAACUGUGACUCCGAGUCAUGGUAGCAGAAGUGUAGUUUAUCAAAGUAUUUAAGCAGAAAAUAUAAAUGUAACUUGCUGCUAGAUUCACAGUGUAUACUUAGACUAUUCAGUCUCAUUUUAUUGACCUUCGUAGAAUGAAUAUCUGAGUUUAUUUGUAAUGUGAAUUCAACCAGUGACUUGACUCCGAGACACUGUAGCUGUCUCUUCACUUUAAUCAUAAAACAUCCACUAGGUGUGACUGUCACUUCGGCAUAUCCCAACCGUAGACUUACAUACUAUGUCAUACCUUCAAUGAUGGCACUUUAUCCAAAUGCAUUUUAUGCCCUGCUGGAAAACUACCCAGCUAUUUAAAUUAGUCAACUUUGAAAGAUGUCCAAUAAUCAUCAUUCAUGUUCUCAAACUCCCAUGAUGUAUUCUGGUGGCUGUAAUUCAUGGGGUAGUCAAAUUAUGCUCUUGAACUGUUAUGGAACUAGAACUGGCACAAUCCAUUACCCACAUUUGUCUACCUCAGAUGCAGAAUUUCUAGAAACCAGCAGUUUGGCUACUCUCGUCAUAUAACUAAAUGCACCAACUCAUCCUUGUAGAGGGUUUUUGAAAGUAUAUAUUUCAUUUGAAAAAUAUCAGUCUGGUGGCCUAACUCGUCUUCUUUUCUCUGCCAGUCCGUGUUUGCUCUGGGGGCCUGCCUGGGUGGAAUCAGCUCCAUGAUAUUGAAUGACCGUCUGGGACGUAAACUCAGCAUCAUGUUCUCAGCCCUCCCAAUGGCUGUGGGAUUCCUCCUCAUGGGCAGUGCCCAGCAUAUCUCCAUGUUGCUGCUGGGCAGGAUUCUAACCGGCUUUGCUAGUGGUCUAACAUCAUCAUCCAUACCGGUAAGUUGGCACAAGCUGUAACUAACCAACAGUUAGUUACAAGAUAAAAUGAGGCUCAGAGAUUUUGAAAUUCAACUUCCUUCACAUUUAAGGGAAAUACUAACCAAGAUGAGAUGCGUGGCAAGUCAAGUUUUGAGGCAAGUCCAUGUUGUGUCCAAGCUGCCAUACGGUCAGGCCUCCUCAUCAACCUUCCAGGAUUACUAUUUUAGAAAACCAUAAGUGGGAAAGUGUAAAUAAUGGUGCAAUCUCUUGCAAUCUGGUGCAAUCUCUUGCACGAACUAACAUAAUUACACCACUUUUCACAUGGAUCCAUAGUUGCAUAUAGUAGUUCAGGCUAGAAAAAAAAAAAACAGUUGAGUCCAUCAAGUUCCGUUCACACAUGUUCAGACAUGUUUUAAAAGGAAUCCAUUAUUCUUUAAGUCACGGAUUGUUGGGAAUUGCUGAGGAUUUUCAAAUUUAAAUGGAUAUUGUCACUUCCCUGACUUUUAAUUGUAUCUUCACUUGUUCAUAUUUAACAAUGUGUAUUUGUGAGCAUGGUUGUCCAAUGCCAAUGGGCAUGCUGGGCAAUUGCCCACAAGCAUAGGGGCCCCAUAGGCUUGCCAACUUUUCAGUAGAAUAUUCCGGGAGAUUUAUUCAGAACUUUUAAACCCUCUUUAUUAAAACCGUUUAGGUGGACUUAUCACCUCAGUAUUAGCUGUUAUCUGUACAUGCGAUCUUGCUUUUUCAAAUACAUAUCUUCACCUUGACAAAAACAGCAUACACUAAUUCUACAUUAGCAAGACAGGUUAGGUCAGUUGCCUCCCCCUGCUACCUAUUAAAUGUUUGUGAGGAUUAAUCUCUGCUGUACAGCAUGUUUCUGAUUGUUUAAACACUGAUUUUGUUGGAGGUACCAAUAAAUACAAGCUUUAUUUUAUCGAUAAUUUAAGUUUUCAUUACUGUAAGUGGUUGUGUAGGCAGGGCCCCAGUGUACUGCUUUCCUGGAGUGCCUAGAAUUCUAUUAAGGCAACCCCGUUUGUGAGGUAUGGAAAAUAAAAUGAUUUGUAGAAUUCCACACCUCUGUAUUUACCGCUAUCCUGGAACUGGGUACCACCAUUUUGUCUUCCUGCCAAUCAUUAUUAAAAGUUCUGCUCUAUGCUUCUGCUUUCAAUCAGCAAAGAGAGAGAGCGUGCCCUGGCUGUGCCACGACUGAACUGGAUUAUGAAAUGAUUUUUGAUUUUUUUUAACCAGUGAUGCAAAUAGUUUCCUGAAAAGUUUCAUUUUAAGUUAAAAAAAAAUCCAAGCCGGAAAUAUAGCUGACAAUUUGUUUUGCCAUUCCAUACAAUUCAUAGUAGUUAUAACUAACCCUUUCUGGGUAAGGGAAAAGACUGUCUCGCAGCAUUGGUAACUUGUUUUUUUCUAAGUGUUUCUUUUCACUCAAUAAAGAGAGUUAUUUCAUCAGAAAGGUAUACAUUUUAUAAAGUACAGGGUAAUCCCAUAACUCCACCCACUGGAGCUGACCGUCGAGUGAACGGUUUCUUGAUUCUCAAAGCAUUUCUAUUUUCAUCUUCGUGUUUGUUCUCUGACAUUUUUCUAGGUAUAUAUUUCGGAAAUCUCCCACGGUGGGGUCAGGGGUGCACUUGGAGCCUGUCCCCAGAUAAUGGCUGUUUGUGGGGCUCUCAUUCUUUAUGCAUUUGGUAUGUAUCAUUUUUUUUUUUACCUUUUGUAAAGCGUGGUUUGGCAUCGACAUCUAAUGCAAUAGAUGAGCAAAGACUUGCAAACAUUGUGGCUGGAAUGCGUCUUAUAAUCUGGGGGAAAUAGAAAAUAUCUAGAACUCGAAGGCAUGUCUAGAACUCGAAGCAGUUAUCAAAAUCCAGAAUCAAGUCAGAGGCUGGGGAUCCAUGAAUGUCAGUAAUAAGGGAGAUGAGGUGAGGGUACAGGUGAGCCAUAUGGAGGAACGUUACCAGUGAGAUGAUACCUGACUUGAAGAAUUCAGGCAAAAUGAGCAAACUUGGUGAUUGUUAAGUAAAUAACACCAACAUGUACCAAUUAAACUGUAUUGGGUUUAUUUUUUGUAAUGUAUUGGGGCUGAACAGAAUUUAGAAUACUCAUCUUGUUUACUUCUAAAGUGUGCACCAGGGUCAAUGUAUUUCUGGACAGCUAUUGGAUCCACAUGCUGUUGGGAAGUUAAUUAAUAGAUAUGCCUGAAAGGUGGAAUUCCAUGGAGUCCACCCAUGAUUAACUCUCUCUGGAAGCACAUUGAUUCUGCAUACUGUGGGGCAGCAUUUCCAUGGAUCUCACAACAGCAAAAUCAAAUUUUUAUUUGUAGCUCACACUCAUUAUUUACAUUAUUUGUUGUUGAGGUUUUCAUUUUUUUUCCCCAUAGGGAAUUUCUUGUCAUGGCGGUGGUUGGCUGUGGUUGGAGAGGUUCCUGUAUUUAUAAUGCUUGUCCUUAUGUGCUUCAUGCCUGAUUCGCCUCGCUUCCUGAUCUCUAAAGGCAAAGAUAAGAGGGCGCUCAAAGCCCUGCUGUGGCUUCGGGGGGCUGACACUGCGUAUCAAGAAGAAUUUGACAGAAUUAAGAACUCCAUGUGCAUGGUACAGUAUUCUGGAGAACAUGAAUGAAUGUACAGAAUGCAAAGCAGGAUAUAAGUAAUAAGUAAAUUUUUUGGAUAGGAUUUUCCUAUGUAGAGAAGAAGAGGUUUAAAGGUUGGAUGGAUGUUUCUCAUUUGAGAUGAAGAAAUUUGGAGCUUUAAUCGAUACUGCUUGGUUGAGAUGAAGAGGUUCUCAGAUGAAGAAAUUGGAUGUUGAAUAUGAUGCUAUUUGGUUGAGAGCAAAAAUUGAGUGGUUAUAUGAGGGAUGCUCCUCAACUGAAAGGAGGAGGUUUAACGUUUGAAUGUGAUGUUCCUCAGCUUAGAGUCUGGGAAAUUGGUUGAGUAUUAAAUCAAAGGUUUAUUGUCCUUUAUGAGGGAAAAGUAGGUACUGUUACUUUCUUUUUAACCCCUUAAGGACCAAACUUCUGGAAUAAAAGGGAAUCAUGACAUGUCACACAUGUCAUGUGUCCUUAAGGGGUUAAUGAUAUUAAAUAAAAUAGUGAAACUCUAGUCUGAUGAAUACUGCUCUGAAAUGCUCAGUAUACAGUUGUGUAGGAGAGCAACACAGAAGUUCUGAAGAAGGUUUCUUGAUCACGGGUGUCUCAUGAAGUCCAUUUCCAUCCCCUAGACUCACUCUCUGUCGUGGGCUGAAAUCAAGGAUCCAUACUACUACAAGCCCAUUCUCAUUGCUAUAUUUAUGAGAUUCCUGCAACAGCUUUCUGGUAUCUCAUCAAUCUUAACAUAUCUGGAGCCAAUCUUUGAGAGGACCUCUGUGGCUUUGGUGAGUACCUUAAAAAACCUGUGUCUUUGCCCUACACUUAAAGGGUUACUCCAACCUCUGUGAUCACUUCGGCAAGCAAUUUAUAUGUGCAGUGUUUCAGUUUGAAUUACUGCCUAUGCAGGGAAGUAUGCAUUUUUGUGCCGGGGUCUGGUUGUACCCCUGGCACAGAAUACUUAAUCUCCUUGUAUCUCUGUUCUGGACUGCCUAACGUGAGUUCUGUGCAAAAAAUCUGCCUAUAUUCAGCACUGCAAGCUGCAGAGGGGCAUAAUCAUUGUGUUCCCUUGCAGGCAGUGCAAUGAGGCCCCUACAAGAAGUCUGUAGAACUGUGUGAACGUGGUUUGGGCAGACACAGUCCUCCUAAAUGUCUGCAGUAGUUCUCACCUCCGUACCUCAUGUGAGUCCUCCCAGCCUCCCUACAUGCUCUUUCAUUUAUCAUUAUUUUGGUUCCCUUCGUUUGACCAACCCCCCUUGUCCUCUCCACACUCGCUCCCUGAGCUGAGAUCAAUCCAUGCAUGCAAUCUGAGCCUGUAUCCUGUGAGAUCUGGCCAAUCAAAUGUUUCUCUAGGAGAAGCAUUUGAUUUGACCUCAUAGAGGGAAACAGUGACCUGGCACGAUGAGUGAAUAUCGUGGAAAUGAUUGUAAAGAACUUGGCUAGAGGUGAAAUCCAGCUAAUUUUUAAGCUUGCUUUAUCUUUUUUGGGGGACCAAGUGGACAAGGGCCAAACAAAUAAUAAACACCAAAAAUAAAUAAAGUUAAAAACAGGGUUCGAGUAACCCUUUAAAAUUCUGUUUAUUUUAGCAGAAUAUGUUAUACAGAAUGUGUUUGGAAAGUGUUAUUUCAGCAUACAUCUUGGGUACGUGAACAUUCUCAAUCAGUGCGAGAAGGAACUUGCUGUUUGUCUCCUGAAACAGUUGCUCACUAUCUAGGCAGAUGCUGACCUUUGUGCCCACAACUUGUAGACAUUCUAACAAAUGUGUAGAUUUUUAAAUAUUUCGGAUUAAAUUAAAUCUUGGCCAUAGACACCUGCAUAGCUUUUUUUUUUCCUGAAGAUUGAGUGACAGGAGAAAAGCAAGAGAACCCUCUUAAAGGCGGUUCUCCUGUUCUGUCUCACAGUAGUUACAUCCCGGUGCUAUACUACGUGUGAAUAAUUCCCGCUGUGAGCGCUACUGUUCUGAUGCGGAAAUAAUAGCCAGUGUCAUAGGGGAUGUCAGUAUGACAGCCAAUAGCGGCACUUCCGCAGCACAGACUUAGAAAAAACGCAGAAGGCGGUCCUAUCUCCUCAAUGACGCUGCAGGAAGAGAGAGCCUCUGUGCUGGAAAAAGGUAAUAAAAUCUUAAUUUUUCUUUCUCAUUUCUAUUCCAAGUAAGACGGGAGGGUAACCGAUUUAAAGCUACGGAGAGAGAUGCUAUAGCAUUAGGAAAUUGAAAUCCAAGUACGUAUUCCUAACGCUAUAGUAUAACAUAAAGCUGCUAUGACAGGUUGGUUUUAAUGGUUAACUUUUAAUAAUGACUCAUUACACAGGGACUCGGACUAAUGGAACAAAGUUAACUUCCCUACUGACCGCACUCUCAGAUUGAGACAUAUUGUUUUUUCCACUCUUAUUUUCAGUGUCACUUCCCUCUCAGCUGCCGAUUAACAAAUAAAGGUUUUCCUGCUUUGAUGGAGUGUUAUUCUCUGCUCUGUAUUAACCCCCCGGUGCCUGGAUAUAACCAAACCUUUACAUGAAGGCCUGCUGUAAUGCAGAGAGUAUAUUAGCAGAUAGAACAGAACAUGAAAACCGCUACGAUGCAAAGAUUUACGGAAAAUACUAUAGAGUUAUUCAGGAAACAUUGAAUUCAAACUAGGUUUUCUAUUUAAGGUAAAAAUUGCCAAGGUUUAGAAAUGUCUCUUGUGGUUUUUCCAAAUAGACAUUUUUGCCCAUAAUAAUCAAAUUCCACAUUAAUGGAUUAGGGAUUAAUAUUGCUACUCACUUGGUUGCUGCAUAAUAUUGUCUGGAUGUGGCCAGACAGACAGGCUGUCAUGUCCCUUUAGUGUGCGGCCAACUCCUUUUCUGGUCAGACCUGCAGGUGUCACUUCCCUCAGGGCCCACAUCAUGGUCCCAAUUACAUGCCUCCCAGAUAUGUAUAUAAAAGGAGGUAUGUAUAUAAAAUACCCAAGAGAACAUGUUUUGCUACUGGUACACUAUCAUGAUAUGACUUUUAAACCCCAUUCUAAAAGCACUUCUGACACUUAAAGGGUCACUCCAGCCCCCUAAUCAACUUUAGCGUGCUGAAAAGCUUUAUGUGGGAAGAGUGCCUUCUCUUUUUCUCAGUUUGCAAAAAUCAUAGAUUUCAAUAGAAAUUGACACUUUUAUAAAUUAACCUGGUUACACCCCCUUGGCUUUUAAGGAGAAAACAGAUGUUACUUCCUGGUUUCGUUAGCUCAAUGCAGCUGACCUCAAGAGACAGCAAUUGUCCAGAGCUCCUCAUUGAGCUGCAUUGGGAGGUCUGUGAUUGGACAGCCAUAGAAAGUCUGGGCGGGGUUAGAAGGGGAGGAUUUGCAAAGGCAGCAGACAAAAGAACUGCAGGUUUUGCAAGCUGAUUUUAGAUAUAUCCCCAAACAUAAUUACUGUAAAUGCAUGCAAGUUUUAAUUUAGGGUAUAUCUACUAAACAGUGUUUUUUUUAAAUUUAUGGUGUAUUUGGGCAGUGGAGUGUCACUUUAACCCCUUAAGGACCAAACUUCUGGAAUAAAAGGGAGUCAUGACAUGUCAGACAUGUCAUGUGUCCUUAAGGGGUUAACCCAACCCAUGGUUGGAAUCCCUGACAGUUUCCACAAGUGGUUUUCAUGUACAGGGACUUCUUUGAUCAUCCCAAAAAUUGUGACAAUUAGUGUCAAUAUAAACUUGCUAAGAGGGUUUAAGAACAGGCCAGUUGUGGCUGCCAUUAAAGAGAUUCAUUUUACCCUAUAUAAAGUCUAGGCUCAUGUUUGGGGCAUUGAAGAGCUAUAUUCACUCUGGGGAUUGCUGUAAUCACUAUACUGCCUUGGCUUACAAUAUUGCUCUUGUAAGAGCAGCCUGCUUUGUUUUCUGGACUAGGAGAGGCCUAGCCACUGGAAGCUAGAUCCUGGUCUUGGGUCCAGGGUGGGUGGAGGACAGCAAGACCCCAACCAAUCUGCGGCGGUUUGUGGGGUUUACGGUGGUUAUGGUGUAUGGUGCGGUGCUUAUGGUACUCAAGGAUUACUAGGAAGCAGCGAUUGACGGAGGUACCCAGUCGGGGUGCCAGGCGGUCCGUCACACUGUCCCUCCUGGAAACAGGCUAUCCUCUGGCCUCAGUGCUGUAAUAUACAGGCAGACUCCCAUGAAGUAUAGCCAUUAGGAGCACUCUUAUUCCAGCUUCAAUAGUGGACAUACACAACUUACCCUGGCGCUCACCAACAACCUCUUAAAUGUGACACAUUUGUUAUAAGAAAGCCUCAAUGGAAGUAUUAGGGUCUACAGAAAAUCCAUACGCCUCCCCUAUACUUAUCUAAAUUACUGAUGCACUUACCUGAGGAGGAAAACCAAAUUAUAUAGCCAGGAUAGAGGCUGACAAAUGAAAUAGCCAGGAUAGAGGCUGACUAAUGAAAUAGCCAGGAUAGAGGCUGACUAAUGAAAUAGCCAGGAUAGAGGCCGGCAAAUUAUGUAGCCAGGAUAGAGGCCGGCAAAUUAAAUAGCCAGGAUAGAGGUUGACAAAUGAAAUAGCCAGGAUAGAGGCAAAUGAAAUAGCCAGGAUAGAGGCUUUAUGUAGCCAGGAUAGAGGCCGACAUAUUAUAUAGCCAGGAUAGAGGCCGGCAAAUUAUGUAGCCAGGAUAGAGGCCGGCAAAUUAAAUAGCCAGGAUAGAGGUUGACAAAUGAAAUAGCCAGGAUAGAGGCUGACACGUUAUAUAGCCAGGAUAGAGGCCGACAAAUUAUAUAGCCAGGAUAGAGGCUGACUAAUGAAAUAGCCAGGAUAGAGGCUGACAAAUGAAAUAGCCAGGAUAGAGGCUGACAAAUUAUGUAGCCAGGAUAGAGGCCGACAUAUUAAAUAGCCAGGAUAGAGGCUGACUUAAAUGAAAUAGCCAGGAUAGAGGCUGACAAAUUAUAUAGCCAGGAUAGAGGCUGACUAAUGAAAUAGCCAGGAUAGAGGCUUACAAAUGAAAUAGCCAGGAUAGAGGCUGACAAAUUAUGUAGCCAGGAUAGAGGCCGACAUAUUAUAUAGCCCGGAUAGAGGCCGACAAAUUAUGUAGCCAGGAUAGAGGCUGACAAAUGAAAUAGCCAAUAUAGAGGCUGACAAGUUAUAUAGCCAGGAUAGAGGCCGAUUAUAUAGCCAGGAUAGAGGCCGGCAAAUUAUAUAGCAGGAUAGAGGCCAGGCAAAUUAUUAGCCAGGAUAGAGGUUGACAAAUGAAAUAGCCAGGAUAAGGCUGACAAGUUAUAUAGCCAGGAUUACAAAUUAUAUAGCCAGGAUGACACGUUAUAUAGCCAGGAUAGAGGCCGACAAAUUAAUAGCCAGGAUACAGGUAACUGUGAAAAAUAAGGAUUUCACAAACAGACAGCCUAAUCUGUGAAAAUUAUAGGCUUACCUCAUGAACCAUUAUUAUCUCCUUGGGGGAGAUAUAGGUUCAGAUCCUCGGUCACUUGAGGGGGCGUAGGUGCUUUUUCUGGGGCUUUAAGGGCAAAAGACUGAACCCUGGCCUGAGGCCACACCUGAAUAAAUACUGGUGUGAUGAACAUAAAAUAAAAUCCAGGCCUCCUAGGGACAGGAGCAGAAGACUAUCUGAAAGGGAGUACCUAAUUUCACAGAGUUGUUUCCUGUCCUUUCUGCUGUGAGAAAAAGACCUAACCAUAAGUCAGUGCUUGACCAGAAAUGUAAAUAGCUGAAAAGGUAGAAUUGGGAAUGCUCUCCUUUCAUAUUGUACAUUGAAUUACACAAAAUUAUUCAUAUUUCGUAUUUUAUGGUGAAUUGGACAAGUUGCUGAUGGAACCUAUUUCGAAGUUGGUGUCUUCAUGACUUGUAACAGUUCAUAUCAAUACUUAACUGCAGAAAGGAAUGUAGAGACUUAGAAAAAUAUUCCAAAAGAGUUUGCAGCAGUUUUACGCAGUAGGGAAUAAGUUAAAAAAUACUUGUUGUUGAGAAGGGCAUACAGUAUAUGAUGGAGAAGGAAGGUUGAGACGGAGAUGGAGAUCGGACCACUAGGUGGCACAAAUGUUUCUUACCUGUUGUCUAAGCUUAUUCUACAGCUUUCUGAUGCCCGUGUUAAUAAUAAAAUCUGCUUAUAAGAUUAGAACAAUAUAAAAAGAUCUAAGGUGUAUUUAUUGUCCUCUGAACUUUUUUUCAAUAUUUUCUGUCAGAAAGGUGGACUUGAUGCUACUCUGGUGGGAAUUGCGAGGUUACUUUCAGUAUUGGUUGCCGCAGCUAUCAUGGAUAAAGCUGGCAGGAGAAAACUACUCUUUACGUCUGGUAAGUGGUCUUGCAGAGGUGCUCCAGGGAGGGCUGGUCAAAAAUAGUAGAACUUGAAAAAGUAAAAUUGAAGAUUUCGUGCAGUUCUAAAGUUUUUGCCUUCAAUUUCCAAUCUUCUUAUCAUUUCUCCAAAAUGUGCUUAUUUCUGAAAAAAAAAGGAUGUGGUAUAGACUUAACUAGCUAAGUAAAAUUUUUGAUAUGUUAGAAAAUGUUUCCAUCUUGGUUUCAUCAAUCUACCCCAAGGGUAGGCAACCUUUGGCACUCCACAUAAUGUGGACUACAUCUCCCCUGAUGUUUUGCCAGUAUUAUGGCUGUAAUGGGAGACAUAGCUUACAACAUCCAUCUGGAGUGCCAAAGGUUGUCUGCCUCUCAUCUAUCCACUUUUACUACUAGAUAUCGACACUCCUGAUGUCUAAGGAAACCCCACAAUGAUGCAAUCAGUGCGCUCCUCAUCAGCUGGUCAUGGGAUUCAAGAGGAACCUAUGGCCAUAUGUGUUUGCACAUUGACACAGACUUUGUUUUCUUUCAGGUUUAUUAAUGCUGGCCUCCUCUCUUGCCAUGGGACUAUACAUCCAUUUCAUGAAGGACAUAGACCAUCAUCACAAUUCUACCAAUCUCACUGUCUUUAUGGCUAACCAUGGCUCAUCUCCAAAUCACACCAACUAUCUGUCUUUCAUCCCAUUGGUCUGUGUUAUGAUAUACAUUAUAGGUGAGCACCAGGGAUGAUCAGGUUGUGUAGCAAAAUGUAUCAUCACUUGAUUAUUUAUAAUAAAUAUAAUGUCUCUUUAUAAAGCAAUGGUAAGAGGAGCACAACUUGAAAGUACCAUUUUAUGUUCGGCACCAGUUCUAAAUAAGGAUGUUAUGGUACUAAAGGAAGUGCAGAGGAGGUCUACAAAAUUAACAAGAGGAAUGGAAGAUUUUAGUUAUGAAGAAAGGCUAGGAAAUGUAAAUCUGUUUAGUUUAGAAAAACGGUGACUAGAGGGUAAUUGAUAACAUUAUACAAAUAUAUUAGGGGCCAUACCAUUUUCUGGAAAUAUAUACAUUAAUACUACUGUACAUAGGUCACAAGGUCACCCAUUUAGAAUGGAAAAAAUUAGAUUUAGUCUAAGGCAGAGGAAAGGGUUUUUUUUUUACAGUAAGAGCAAUAAAGAUGUGGCAUUCUCUACCUUGGUUAGUCUUAUUUUUAAACUGCGACUGGAUGAAUUAUUGAAAAAACAUAAUAUUCAAGGAUAUUCUAUUUAACACAUGGGGUAACAGCAAGAAGAGAUCUUACUGCCAUUCUGGAAUCGGGAAGGAAUUUUCUCCUAGUUUGUUGCAAAAGUCAUCUUUUCAACAACAGCAGAAACAAAUGAGAAAGGUUGAACUUGAUGGAAGCAAGUCUUUUUUUCAGCCUAUGUAAUUAUGGCUGUGAUAUUAUUCAGUUAAAUACACAUUUUAUGUUACAGUGACUAUAUCUGCCGCAGAGGGAAAUAAGUGUUAUAGAGGUUGGUCAGGAAUGGAUAGUUGGGUGAUAACUAGGUGGAACUAGCUAAGAGUAGGAAACAUUCUUGGGAGAGUAAAAAAACUAUGUAUUCUUUGAGCAGCCACUCAAACUUGGUUUUAGUUCGUCAUGGUUAAUAUGUAUGGGUAUCUUGCACAAUGUCUCAGUACACUCAUCUGCAAUGUAAUCAUUAGACAUUAGAAUGUGAUUGCUGCUGUAGAAUACACAGGAUAAACAAUAUUCUGGUCUCCACAUUCUGCCUUAUCUUCUCUCUAGGAACUCUAUCUUGCUUGUCCUACAAGAAGGAAGUUGAACGAUCCAUUCGAUCUACUGUAGACUUUAUCUCUCACUCUCUAUUUUCCAGGCUAUGCCUUUGGCUGGGGGCCCAUUACUUGGCUGCUAAUGUCAGAGAUUCUACCCUUGAAAACACGAGGAUUGGCUUCUGGCCUCUGUGUCUUGGUCAGUUGGAUCACUGGGUUCGCCCUGACAGAGGCCUUUUUCCCAGUUGCUGUAAGUAAUCGCUGCUUUGAUACCGCGUGGCUGUGGCAAGAUUUGGCAUGUUCUGGAUAUAUUAGAGGUUGACUUGUAUGAUGUGUCUGCAUGUCGUACAUUGAAGACUGGGGAGAGUAAUGUUGGUACGCACAUGUACGAGAUAGGAAAUGUACACUAGAAAAAUUAGAGUUUUGUCUUAAUCUGCUAUAGUACGAGUGUAUGGACUAGGGAAUGAAGGAGAGAACUGUAAUCAUGUUGCUGUAAUGUGAGUGCCCAUGAUACAGGCAGAACCUUUGAGAGAUGAUUCCUCGACUGUGUUAAUUUCCAGGAAAAAAAGUUUAAACAAUCUGACUGACACAACCUGUGAUUCACUAAAUGUUAAAAUAAAAAAACCCAAAUGGUUCACCCCUCCUCAGAACUUAUAAAUUGCCUUUAAUGUGUACUCAGAAGAUAAACAUUUCAAGCUUGAUAAAGACCCUGUUAUGUUAAAGGGAAUUUUUAAGUGCUGAGGAAAGCUGGACUGUUUGUUUUUUAUUUGGAUCUUUCGCUGGUUAUUGGACAUGACCAGAGGUCCGGGAACAUCCUCUUGAAUGCUGCAGUGCUUGAUAGUCUAUUUCUUAUCUACUAAUCACUGGUUGUUAAAACAUUGUGUCUGCAAGGAAACUCACAAUCAUUUUUCUCCCUUUAGAAUGCCCUGGGACUAGAGGUACUUUUCUAUUUCUUCACGGUUGUCUGCUGUUGUGGUCUAUUCUUUACCUACUGCUGUGUUCCGGAAACCAGAGGGCGGACCUUAGAACAAAUAGAGUCCUUCUUUAGAACUGGACGUCGAUCGUUCAUGAGAUAGGAGAACUUACGUCCAAAACGCUCACUGACCAUUUUAAAGAACGACGUUAAUAAUAUUUCGAUACACUAAAGGAGGUCAUCCAUCCAAUUCCAGAGACCCAAACAUUCAAGUACGGGAGCACACAAUUGUCCACUGGGGAUAGUGGAUUUUAUCGACUAGUGGCCAUACUGAAUACUGAGUGAAGGCUGCCCUCCAGUGUUCCUUAUACUCUGAUGAAGUAUUAUGUGUUAAUACUGGACGUGCUUUAACCUGUGGUUACCUGUAAUGUCUGUUUCACCCAAUGAAGACCUUGAGAUUUUGGUGUCCGGAGAACGGACUAUUAUACAUGGACCUCUAAAAGCUCUUUACAAAGAGUGUGUUUUUGCAUCAAUAUGGAGUUUAAUGCAUGUUAAUCAUUAUUGAAUCUAAAGCAAUCUGCAGAAAUCACAUUUUCAAAAAUCACUAAAAACUAUUUUUAAAUGAAGCAUCACCUAUAACAGUGAGAAUGAAUCAGAGAGCAGUUUUGGUAAAGAGAUCAGACAGAUUUCAUGCACUUACAGUACAGCACAAAAAUAUAUAGGUACAUAGUGACAUGUAGACCUACUGACGCUGCUAAAAAAUACACAUCGGAAACCCCUUUUACAUUAAAACACACGAUAUGUGAAAGAUUAACAAAUACCAGAAAAAAAAAGCACUAAAGAAGAAAAAUGAUAAUUCUGUAUUUAUCUACAAUUUUAGUAGAUCAGAUUUCAUUAAAAUGUAUGGGGGGGAGGGGGGGAGAAUAAAAUCCAAACAGUGCAUAGUAACAUGCAUCCCAUAGCGUAACCAAUGAACUCUGAGUGGCGAAAGUUGUUGGUACAGCUUGCAUGUGAUCGAGCCUAAUAAAGAUGCACAAAGUGGAUAUAAUUACAAAUAGAUGAUGAAAAAAGUCACACAAUACUCUUCCAGGAGAGUCUUGGAACAAUUCAGUACAUUUACUCACAUAAAAAGUGACAACAAAACAAUACUAAGCAUAUAUGCCAAUACCCAAAACACAUUUUGCGUAAUUGGCUUCUUUAGUUGGACACAAAGCUUGCAAUCCAUAAGAUAUAAAUACCGCUAGUUGUCCCCAUUGGUGUAAAUUUAAUGGCUGGAUGUGUUAUAACUCUGGCAAUAAGUCUCUUAUCCGGUUUUAUUGACACUAUUUACAGCAGGUGGUAAUAUUAUAUAAAUGGGCAAUCAGCAGUUAAAUGGAUAGCUCUAUGUAUACAUACAGUGUAUAGCUUUACCCCUUGCUAUACGGUUGUGUCCUAUGCGGUGGUGCUAUAUAUAUAUUUUUUUCUGUAGAGCCAACACUGUUAUCAUCGGUAAAAUCAGCUGUUUCAAGCAAAUCUUCCUCUGGUUAUUCACAAAGGGGAAUCGGUGUGAAGUUUGCGAAUAGCUGAAUUACAACUGAAAUGCCUACUUUGCAUUUAUAACUCUAAACCCUUAAAGUUACUCUAGUAGCACUAGUCCCACCACCUUAAAAACCAAAAUGACUCCCCAACCCAAACUUUACUAUUACCGUAAAGGAAUAUUUUCUCUUUUCUCACAUCAGGGACAUUUGUACUGUUCAGGUGCAAGUCUUGUGAAUUAUUUUUAAAGUAACCUCCAUGCAGCAAUAAGAUCCAUUUGAAAAUGGCAGGGACUCACUUGUCCUAAUUCGCACGGCAGUGAAUACAGUGAUCCCCAGAGGAUUUUAUAUCAGACACACUGAGAAAAAUGUAGGUGUGCAAACUUACUAUAACAAAUAUGGCAAUUCGUGAACAGACUCAAUUUCUAGAACAGGGAUGGCCAACUGUGGACUGAGAACUACAUUUCUCAUGGUGCUUUGCUAGCCUAGCAGUGGUACAGUUCCACAUUCCUGCUCUAGAAUGCCUAAUGGAGUAUAGGCAUGUGGUUCUACUCUAAAAGUCUCUGCCCUGAUUUCUGUGCUAAUAUAGAAGACAUAUUCAUGCUGACUUACAUUAUGUUAAAGGGAAAGUUCAUUAAUUUUAAGGCACCAUAACAACUUCAUCUAAAUGAAGUCGCUAUGAUGAGAGGAGGCCCCUGCACACUCUUACCUCAAGAGGUUAAACUGUUCUUGAAUGUUUUAACCCCAAAGUUGCCGCCAGAGCCCGCUGUACUGUGUGAGCUGAGAAAUCCCUCUGCUGAUGUCAGUAGAGAGAAUCCCACGGAGGUGGAAUUUGGGGAUGGGUAAGAUUGUGCAUAGCAUUGUGGGUAGGAUUAGGGAUUGUAUUAUAGGCAAGAUUAGGGGAAAAUAUAUACAUGUAGGGUAUUCAGUCAAUCAAUCAUUGUACUCAAGAGCAGUAGCAGAAUACAAAUAUAGGGUGUUUCAAUAAUGGGACACGUGUGAUCCGUGAAAAACACGUGUAUAUAUAUAUUUUUUUUUUUACAUUUUGAUGUAGGUUUGUGAUGAAGUGGUUAAAGGAAAAUGCUCUCAAUUACAUUGUACGUUCUACAAAUAUAUACUUUUAUGUAGGAGUUGUGGAUUCUUUGACUACUCCAAUCUAUAAAAGGUGUAAUCUCAACGUGCCAAAUUAUGCAAAAGUUUAGCUUUAAAACCAUAAUUCAGUAGUUGAAUAAUUUGUUUUAUAACUUCUAAAAAUGAAUUGAAAUCUUUGAAAUAUUGGGAAUUUUAUCAUUCAGAACUAAUCAGUGAAUCUACGUUGAAUAAUUUUUCUUAUGUUG